ACUCGCAUAUAUUCCCGCCAUUAAAGUUACGCUUGUGUUGUGUAUUUCGGAAUAUAUACAUGACGCCUUCAUAUGUUUACGUAAUUGAAAUGAUUGGGAAGACGGAUGGGCCCGUAGAAGUCAUCGUCAUCAAGCCCAAACCAAUGAACAAGAAACCGAAUGCAUUGUCAGAGAAUCGAAUUCAGACAGUGGAUCCUAAACAAAUCAUUAUCACGACUGGAACGGGAAACAGAUUGAGAAAAACAGGAUCAGUUCCGACACCAAAUGCAGAAAAUACAUGUGAUUUGACGGAGGACAAAAAUGAUGAAACAGAUGGAACAAUGAAAGAAAAGGAAGAUGUUGUAGUAAUUGGUUUAUCGUCUGCCUGUCCCUUCCCUGGCUGUAAGGGAUUAGGUCAUUUAACUGGAAAGUAUUCUCGCCAUAGAAGUGUAACUACCUGUCCAAUGGCGGCUAAAAAGAGGAAACAGGAAGAAUCAGGUGAAGAUGCUGAUGUACCUGCUGCAAAGUGUAUCAAAGUGGAGAAAAUAGACACUACUGGUGAAGUGAUUGAAUUGAUUCAGGUCAAGAUGGAGGCUGAUCAAGACAUGGGAGUGGACUGUAUGGUUACGAAGUCACCUGACCAACUGUUUGAGUCUGUGGUGGUGAGAAAGCAGGCAUCGGAACCCCUAGACGAGGAACAGCAGUGCUUCAGGGAGGCGGAGAGAGCCUUACGUAGUCUUUCCGGGGAGCUAGACUCUGAUGUCAUUGAAUGCACAAUUGUUGAGGAUGAGUCGAACGAGAUUAAGGAAGAAAACUCUAGUGAGGUUGAGGAGGUUUUCGCUGGGGAAACAACAAGCUCUGAUGACAUGUGUGUGAUCACAAAAGUGAUAACAGUUGCAAGGUCUGAAAAUGUGGCGAUCAAAGUUGAGAAACCAGAUAUGCCAUCGACUGGUGUGUCAGAGACAUCGAGUGAGCAGGACUCCUCUAGUGUCACAGUAGUAUCACAGGGGCAAUCGGCCAAUGAGGAGGAAAUACUUAUAAAGAUUGAACAACAAUGUGCUACCAUACAAUCUCGGACUGGGGCGGCUCCCACCACACAAACAGAUGUUACAGACACUAAAGUAGAGGCCGAAUCUGACAUACUAAAUGUAUUCACCUCUAAGGGAAUUCCUCUACCCAUAUCUCUGGUCAGUAAUCUUAGUCAGAUCCGGGCUGCUACAGCUGCUGUUAUUCCAAAAGAGGAAGAGGAGGAUGAGGAGGAAGAGGGCCAGUUCCAAGUUGUGGCAGAAUGGAGUGGGACACCAUCAGGGGAGGCUACUCCGACCACAACAACCACUUCUGUGGCUAAAUCUGAGAUAGGCGAGGACAUCAAACCUACAUUGGCACCAGAUGACAGCAAAGACAAAGAUGUGAAAUGUCCAACUCCAUGUUGUGAUGGGACGGGUCAUAUAACUGGUCUCUACUCCCAUCAUAGAAGCUUAUCGGGCUGUCCCAGGAAGAACAUGGCUCCUCCAGAAAUUGUUGCCUUGCACGAGAGUCUUGCCAGGUGCCCCACACCAGGCUGUACUGGAAAGGGCCACAUCAACAGUACACGAAGCACCCACAGAAGUCUGUCUGGCUGCCCGAUCGCUGCCAUGGGAAAGCUAGUCAGUUCCACACAGGCAAAUGCCAGGAAAUCUGGGCUCCAUCUUGUUCUGCUCCCAAAAGAAGACGACCCAUCCAAGGCGGUACUUGCCACAUGCAAUGAAAAAGAGCUCAUCCGAUUGGCUGCUCAGAAGUGCAAAUUCUCUGACAAAUCAAUGAGUAGCUUGGCCGGACUGUCUGCCUCGGAGACAGACAGAGUGCUGAGGCCAAUGAUACUCACCAAACAACUGGAGCUACAGAGCAUUGACUCUGUGGUGUCCACCUCGACACCGCGAGGAAAUCUGGCCAAGGAGUUAGAGAAGUAUAACCGUCCAGAGCUACAGGGGGCAACGGCCGCCACGUUGGCCGCGGCAAUCAGCCAGGGAGUAGGGAUGGUACAGGGGCUUACCACAGUAGAACAGCCCACCUCCACGGAACGCUCCACUACCCCCCCUCUUCCCCCUGUCAAACCCAAGGUCAUGAAACGUGACUCUGACCGUCCAAAUAUUCUCCGACGGCCCAGUUUAAAGCCUCAGAAUAAAUCAUCCUCAUCAUCAAGCGGCAGUGUGUCCUCCGGAAACAGCCUGUCCAGAAGUUCCUCCACCACCUCCCUGGAAGGAAGUGACUUCCUUAACAGUGUUAGUGACCUUCUCGGCAGGAAAAGGGUGCCCCCUGGUGGGGCAUCACAGUCGUCGGUGGCAUUUACCAGGUCUGUUACGACGUUGACUAUUCCUAACCCCUUGAUGGCGAAGUCCAAAAUGCCCACCCCCGGAUCUAUACUCUCUUCAUCCAACACAACCAAAACCUCAACUAAACCCACAAUCAACUCUAUAUACGUCAGCCCCUCAGGACAAACAAUCAACGUGCCCUCGGGGUACGUCCUACUCCCACAGUUCAAGAAGAAGUACAUCGCUGAUUUCAAGUCGCCUUUCUUGCAUAGCCAUCAUAGAUUAUCAGGGGAGUCCGCUUGUAGUCCAGUAGACCAUGACAACGAACCUCGUUCUGAAAGUCCAGACUUCCUAAAGAUCAAGAUGGAAAAUAAAGAAAGCCUUCCAUGUCCCACCGUUGGAUGUGACGGAUCGGGGCACAUUACAGGAAAUUACUCUUCCCACAGAAGCCUAUCGGGGUGCCCAUUGGCUGAUAGAGCCACGGUACAAGCCAAUCAGAUUGAUUUAAAAUGUCCUACGCCGGGCUGUGACGGGUCUGGUCAUGUGACCGGUAACUACGCUUCCCACCGCAGUCUGUCUGGCUGCCCGAGGGCGGCCAAGCUGAAAAAGAUCCUGGGUAAGGAAGGUGACAGGAAGGAGGAUGAGCCGCUCCGAUGUCCGAUCCCAGGGUGUGAUGGGACGGGUCAUGUGACCGGAAAAUAUUUGUCUCAUCGCAGUGCCUCUGGCUGCCCCCUUGCCAACAAACACAAACUACAGAGACAGCUGCUGGCCAGCUUGGAUGGUCAGGAUCCAGAACUAGCCAAGGCACUCAAAAUGGAUGGCGUUGUGUGCCCCACCCCUGGAUGUGACGGAUCUGGGCAUUCUAACGGCAGCUUCCUGUCCCACCGCAGUCUGUCAGGUUGUCCCAGAGCCACCCAGGCAAUGAAAAAAGCCAAACUUAGUCCUGCAGAGCUUACCAACCUCCAUAUGAAACUCCAGAGUGGCGAAGAUCUAGAAGAAGAUGAAGAAUUUCAGCAGAUGGAUGAGGAAAUCGCUGAACUGCGGACCUCCAAUAUGGCUGUCGAGUCAACAGUGAUCAAGCUGAGGUCCGAGGUGUCAAGUUUAGAGAACCAGGUUCAUCAAGAGGAGAAAGAAAACUCAGCCAUUGCCCAACAGAAUGAAAAUCUCCAAAACUACCUGAACACAUUGAGGAAGGAAAUCCUGGGUGUGUUAGCCAGUCGGAAUAUACCACACCUCAACCCUGGCCUAGUCAACGAGGACAAUCUAGAGGCGUGUAUCAGCCAGCUACAGAGCAUAUACGCCAACCGCUCAGGGGAUAGUAGUGUCUUCUACAGCACUGUCAACAUCGCCGUCUCAGAAAUACAGGUGGCCUAGUCCUGUAUCAUACAGCGCUGUCAACGUUGCCGUCUCAGAAAUACAGUUAGCUUAGUCCUGUAUAUCUGAAACACAUGCAGUUUUAGUCCUGUGGUAUAUAAAAAAUAGGUUUAAGAACUUAUGCCUUAUUAUAGGCUCAGCAAUAUUAUAAUGGUCUUAUAUAUAACUUGAUCAAACUUCUUGAAGUCAGUGCCCUGUAUUUAUCUGAGUAACAGAGUCACAAAGUCAUGGUUCUUUGUCCUCAUAAUACCCGCUGUAAUCCAGGGUUAUAUGGCUGUGUCGGGAACAGUCUCAGAGUUAGGGAUAUGUUGUUGUCUCAGAAAUAUAGUAAGCCCGGUGGUGUUGGCAUUGUAGAAAUUUAGGACUUUUAACAAAGAAUGUGUACAAUGGUACAGAGCAAGUCUUUAUGGACAAACUGUGUGACCAAUCCAGAAAAAAUCAUCUGAAGUGGCUUGUGUGUGAAUUAGCUGUCUUAGUAAGUUCUAGGUAAUAGAUUGCAUGCUGUUAACGGUAUUAAGUACCAUUACCGUAACUAUGUUCAUCCUAUAGAUAUCAUCGGCAAUUUAUCAUUCAUGACAUAUUCCUAUCAAUACCUCAUUUGUCAAAUAAUGCCACUGUUUUACCAUCCUUCGUUUCAUCCAUAUCCACUAAAUCAUGAAUGCCAGAAGAAACGAGAAAGCAUCAGAUUUAACAGAAUGCCAGAUUUGUCUACUAUUAGUCGAAUCUGUGAACAUCAUUUAAAGUGGUGCUUCAUCACAGUUGACGUGAUGAGUUGAUUUGUGAUACUGUUCCUCUUACUACUUAUUAUGUAUACCUUGCCUAAGUAAGGGGACAUAUAAUUCAAGUACCUGGCCAAGUGGUAACCAGGGGAGAUAACACAGUUCAUUGUUGUCAAGGGGGAUAUAAACAUUGACCAAUUGUUUUCAAAACAUUAUAUUAUUAACAAUAGUUCUUUCUUUCCUCUCUUUCUUUCUGUAUCUAUACCUUAACCUUACGGCUAGAGUUCCCACUUCCAUACCUCUCUCUACACUAACAGUAAGACUUUCUGUAUCUAUACCAUUACCUUACGGCUAGAGUUCUCACCUCCAUACCUCUCUCUACACUAACAGUAAGACUUUCUGUAUCUAUACCAUUACCUUACGGCUAGAGUUCUCACUUCCAUACCUCUCUCUACACUAACAGUAAGACUUUCUGUAUCUAUCCCUUAACCUUACGGCUAGAGUUCUAUCUUCCAUACCUCUCU